AUUUAGCAGACGCAAAUCUGGCUUGCACGUAAGAACAAAAAAUAUAAUCAAUAGAACUAAACUGACUCCCGACUCCCAAGUCUCAACGCUGAAGCCUGUGAGGAAGCAGAGAGAGAUCUGUUAGCACGAAGCAGAGAGGAGUCAAAAGGAAAAUUAACAGGAGAAAGAUAGAGAAAUCUUGUGAAGAUGAUGUCAGGCAAUUAUACUAGUAUUGAUAACCAGAAGGUCUCGGGACCUGUACCUUCGGUCCCAGAUCCAGACCACAUCUCUGUCAAAUUCGCAGAAUCGAAUUUACAGACGUUUCCUCCAAGUGAGCAUGGGAAAAUCUCUGGUGGAUCAUACCCUCCUCGUGAUGCUGAUGGCAUUGCAGAUACAUUUUCAAAACCUGUUUCUGGUUCUGAGGAAUCUCAGCAUGGUGGUUGGUUGCGGAUGUUCACAGUUGCUGCAUAUAAGCCAUAUUUUGAUGUAGACACUACAGAUGUUUUGGAGAGGAUCAGAGAUUCACUUUUCCCCUUCAGAGGAACAUUCUCCGAGAAAACUGCUGAAAACCCAGAUUUGUAUGGACCAUUCUGGAUAUGCACUACCCUAAUUUUUGUGGCAGCUUCAAUUGGCACUUUCGUUACCUAUAUAUCUCACAAACUACAAAAUAAAGAAUGGGACUAUGACAUAAAUCUGGUGACUUGGUCUGCUGGUGUGUUCUAUGGAUAUGUCACCAUUGUUCCUCUUGGAUUAUAUGUAAUCCUCAAGUACUUUUCAGCACCAUCUGGCCUUGUUCAGCUGUUUUGUCUCUAUGGAUACUCCCUAUUUAUCUUUAUUCCAGCAUUGUGUCUCUCCAUUAUUCCGUUGGAAAUUUUCAGGUGGGUGAUUGCCGGUGUGGCUGGCUUUAUGUCAGCAACCUUUUUGGCACUUAAUCUACGAGCCCAUAUCAAAUCUGCAGGUGAAAGGUGGUUUUUGAUAGUAGCUAGCAUCUUUCUAUUGCAGCUUGCUCUCUCUGUGGUUUUGAAACUCUAUUUGUUUACUGUUUCAGUUUAGGAAUAAACUAGCAUUGAAAAGGUUGUAUGCCACAAUGAAAAUUUUGCCUUUUGGGUCAUUUGACUUCAUAUUCUUGUAAUAUUUUUCCGAUACAUAGUGUUCAAUGAUUAAAAACCUUUUUGUUUGUGAUGUA